AUGGCGUCUCGGCUUGACCGACUCGUCACCAUCCUCGAAACCGGCAGCACCCGACUAAUUCGGGACACGGCCGUCAACCAACUCGCCGACUGGCAGAAACAACAUCCUGAUGAGCUGUUCAACCUGCUAACGCGAGUGGUCCCCUACCUCCGCCACAAGGAAUGGGAGACCAGGAGUACCGCCGCAAAGGCGAUAGGCAAGAUUAUUGAGAAUGCGCCUCUCUACGACCCAAAUGUGGACGAUGCAUUCCCACCGGAGGAGGAUCCGGUGAAGAAGGACGACGGCACUGUCAAGAAGGAGGAGGAACAGAAGGACUCAGUCCUCGAUCAGGAAGAAUUUUAUGCCCUAGAUGGGCUUGACGUCUCGGCCAUUCUCAAGUAUGGGCGGUCUCUACUUCGUGGUGGAAACGUGGACCUCACGCUCGCGGCCCUCGACCCUCAAAAGCGGCUAGCACAUCUACAAAAAACGCUAAAUGGCCGGCUUGGGCUGCUUGGGCGGGUGUUUGAGGACGAAGAGAUGCCCAUCAUCCACGAGCAUGCCCUUAGUCCGGACACGCCGCUGGAAUCAGUAGGCGGCACAAAUGGGUUUGGAGGGAAGGAUGGCCUAACAAGCGAGAGCCAAGGACAGACACAGGACGAGAGCAAGCUCAGCACCCGGCAACUGAACGUUCUCAAGAGAAAAAGAAAGCGGGAGGCUCAGAAGGCCGCCCAGGGUAAGAGCGGGUUUGGCGACUUGACGCUCCGCCGGACAACAACGGCGGGGUCCGAUGGAUACGCCGACGACACUCCGAUGCCCGAUGCUGACUCGAAGAAGAACGGCAAGGUAGCGGACUAUUUCAACCUCGAUCGGCCCGCCGAUGUGGACGAGGACACCAAGGUUGUGUCCGAGUUCAAGGGCCCGAUUCUCCCGAUCAAGUCGGAGCUCGAGGUGGAUGAGAACAUGGAGGGCGCGGAAUGGCCAUACGAGCGGCUCUGUGAAUUCCUCAAAAUUGACUUGUUCGAUCCCCAGUGGGAAACACGUCAUGGCGCAGCUAUGGGCUUGCGGGAGAUCAUUCGAGUGCACGGGGCUGGCGCUGGAAGACGACGGGACAAGUCGCGCAAGGACAACACGGGGCUCAACCGUCAAUGGCUGGAUGACCUGGCAUGUCGCCUGUGCUGCGUGCUCAUGCUGGACAAGUUCACCGACUACAGCUCUGACACGUCGGUUGCACCGAUCCGCGAGACGGUCGGCCAAACUUUGGGCUCGGUUCUCCGUCAUGUUCCUGCGGACUCGGUCUAUGCCAUCUACCGGUUGCUGUACCGGAUGGUGAUGCAAGAAGACCUGCAGUUGGAGCAGAACGUGUGGGCUGUAUGCCACGGAGGCAUGGUGGGCUUGAGGUACGUCGUGGCUGUGCGUAAAGACCUCCUGCUCCAGGACGGGGACAUGAUCGAUGGAGUCAUCCGUUCCGUCAUGAAGGGCCUCGGCGACAUCGACGACGAUGUGCGCUCGGUCAGCGCGGCCACACUCAUCCCGAUGGCGAAAGAAUUUGUCACGAUGAGACGUGGUGCGCUGGAUGGCCUCAUCAACAUCGUCUGGGAGAGUCUCUCGAACCUCGGCGAUGAUCUGAGCGCGUCGACGGGCAAGAUUAUGGACUUGCUCGCGACGCUCUGCAGUUUCCCUGAAGUCUUGGAAGCCAUGAAGCUCUCGGCCGCCCAGGACGAAGAGCGGUCGUUUACUCUCCUUGUUCCUCGGCUCUAUCCUUUCCUCCGGCAUACUAUCACUUCGGUCCGUCUUGCCGUGCUAAAGGCUCUGAUGACCUUUGCCAACCUCGGCGGCGACACGUCGCAAGGCUGGCUCAACGGGCGGAUCCUGCGCCUCAUCUUCCAGAAUAUACUGGUCGAGCGGGACCAGGCGACCUUGACCGCGUCCGUUGAUCUGUGGGCUGCCCUCGUGCGCAACCUUGCCAAGGACCCGGCUGUGCUGGCCGAUGAGUUUGAGGCACACGUAGAGCCGCUGAUGCAGCUGGCGCUCCACCCUGUCGGCGUCCCCCGACACCCCAUCCCGAUGAACGGGACCCUAUUCCAGAAGCCGUCUGGUGGGACGUACAGUUUGAUGAGUGCCCCCGCGCUGCCGGUGAGCAGGCGGUCCUCGCCCCCAGAAGGCAACGAGAGGGCCACGAAACGGCGUAGGAAAUCGACCAAGGUCGAUGACGUCCCGGUGGCCACGCAGAGCCACGAUGUGGACGGCCACAUGAUGCAGGGCGAUGUUGACCUGGUGGGCAUGGACACUUUGGUCCGCUCUCGCGUCUCCGCGGCCAAAGCUAUCGGUCUGAUCAUGUCCUUCAUCCCAAACUCUCACCUCGCUUCGUACGACAGCGGGGUACUCCAGGGCCUGGCCUCGCCGUUUGCCUCGACCCAGCUGGCCGCUUGUAUGGUCAUCGACGAGUACGCCAAAAACUGCGUGGCCAACGCGGCAGAGGCUACGGCAGCGGCUCGGUUCGUCGAACCGCUGCAAAACAUGAUCGACCAAGAGCGGCCGUCACAUUACCGAGACCUCGUCAGUUAUGUCCACCGCGUGCGCUCGCAGUCGCAGCAGCUCAUCAACCUCUUCCGCGACCACGGCAAGGUCUCGCACAACAAGUUGCCAGCACUGGCCGUGGUGGUCCAGGGCGAGCCAGAGGCCGGACCGGGUGCAUUCUCGGUGGCUAAUGCUGAGAAGGUGGUGGCGGACGACUUUGACAAGCUCAAGAAAGCCAUGGCACCAGGCCAGCGACUCAUCGCUCUCCCGCAGCUCAACGAGGCUCGCGACGCGACCAUCUCUGUGAUUGAGGAAGCUAAGACGGCCAAGGACGCGCGCGAUGCGAGGAUCCGAGCGGCGGCCGCGUGUGCUUUGGUGGCCAUGAAGGUCCUACCUAAGAAGCCCAGCCCGCUCAUCAAGGCCAUCAUGGACAGCAUCAAAACGGAGGAGAACCAGGAACUGCAGGGGCGCUCGUCGGCGACCAUCGCCCGCCUUGUGCAGCUCUUUACCGACUCGGGACGCCGCGGUCCGGCAGACAAGGUCGUCGCCAACUUGGUCAAGUUCUCGUGCGUCGAGGUGGCCGAGACACCCGAGUUCACCAAUCACGCUUUCAAGACAAGCGCGAUCUUAUCGAUGCAGAAAGAAGAGGACCGCGUCGACCACGUGGACGCGGCCAAGUUUGCGCGAGAGGCACGGGCUGCCCGUAUCACCCGCCGGGGCGCCAAAGAGGCGCUCGAGAUUCUCUCGCAGAUAUUUGGGGCCGAGCUCUUGGAGCGCGUCCCUAGUCUGCAGUCCUUCAUGGAGGAGCCGCUGACCAGGGCCUUCUCGGGCGAUCUACCCGCCGAAGCCAAAGACCCAGAACAAACGUUCGGCCAGGAGAUUGUCGAUGCCCUGUCAGUGAUUCGGACCAUGACCCCUACGCUCCACGAGGACCUCCGUCCUUUCGUCAUGCGACAGGUUCCCCUAGUGAUCCGCGCGCUGCGGUCCGAACUGUCUGUCUUCCGUUAUAUGGCGGCCAAGUGCAUGGCCACGAUCUGUAGCGUGAUCACGGUUGAGGGCAUGACGGCGCUGGUGGAGAAGGUGCUGCCGUCGAUCAACAACCCCGUGGAUCUCAGCUUCCGUCAAGGUGCCAUCGAGGCCAUCUACCAUCUGAUCGCGGUGAUGGGCGACGCGAUCUUGCCGUACGUCAUCUUCCUCAUCGUGCCGGUGCUGGGCCGGAUGAGCGAUUCCGACAACGAGAUCCGGCUCAUCGCGACGACGUCGUUUGCCACGCUGGUCAAGCUUGUGCCGCUCGAAGCCGGCAUUCCGGAUCCGCCGGGGCUAUCGGAAGAGCUGCUCAAGGGCCGCGACCGCGAGCGCACGUUUAUCGGGCAACUGCUGGAUCCGAAGAAGGUCGAAGCGUUCCAGAUCCCGGUCGCGAUCAAGGCGGAACUGCGCUCAUACCAGCAGGAGGGCGUCAACUGGCUCCAUUUCCUCAACAAAUACCACUUGCACGGCAUUCUCUGCGACGACAUGGGCCUCGGCAAGACGCUCCAGACGAUCUGCAUGGUCGCCAGCGACCAUCACCAGCGCGCCGAAGAAUUUGCCAAGACGGGCGCCCCCGACGUGCGGAGGUUGCCCUCGCUGGUCGUCUGCCCGCCCACGCUAUCGGGGCACUGGCAGCAGGAGAUUAAGGCGUACGCGCCCUUCCUCAGUGUCACGGCGUACGUGGGCCCGCCGGCCGAGCGCAAGGCGAAGAAGGACAAGCUCGACAAGACCGACAUUGUGAUUACGUCCUACGACGUGUGCCGCAACGAUAUUGAGACGAUCGGAAAGUACAAUUGGAACUAUGUGGUCCUUGACGAGGGCCACCUGAUCAAGAACCCCAAGGCCAAGAUCACCAUGGCCGUCAAGCGGCUGGCCAGCAACCACCGGCUGAUCCUGACGGGCACGCCGAUCCAAAACAACGUGCUGGAGCUCUGGUCGUUGUUUGACUUUUUGAUGCCCGGGUUCCUCGGCGCCGAGAAGGUGUUCCUGGACCGCUUCGCCAAGCCGAUCGCGAACAGCCGGUACAGCAAGGCGUCGUCCAAGGAGCAGGAAGCCGGUGCGCUGGCCAUCGAGGCGCUGCACAAACAGGUGCUCCCUUUCCUCCUGCGGCGCCUCAAGGAGGAGGUGCUCAACGACCUCCCGCCCAAGAUCCUGCAGAACUACUACUGCGACCUGAGCGAUCUGCAGCUGAAGCUGUUCGAGGACUUCACCAAGCGCGAAGGCCAGAAGCUGUCGGAGCAGGCCGGCAAGGACGACAAGGAGGCCAAGCAGCACAUCUUCCAGGCGCUGCAGUACAUGCGCAAGCUGUGCAACUCGCCCGCCCUCGUCAUGAAACCGGGCCACAGGUCGUACGAGGACACGCAAAAGUUCCUGGGCCGGCAAAACACCAGUCUCGAAGACCCGGCACACGCGCCCAAGCUGACGGCGCUCCGCGACCUGCUCGUUGACUGCGGCAUCGGCACCGAAGGCCAGGAAUCCUCCGACCCGCUGUACACGCCCAUCAAGCCUCACCGCGCACUGGUGUUCUGCCAGAUGAAGGAGAUGUUGGACAUGGUGCAAAACACCGUGCUGAAGAGCAUGCUUCCCGCCGUGCAGUACCUGCGGCUGGACGGGUCCGUCGAGGCCAACAAGCGCCAAGACAUCGUCAACAAGUUCAACAGCGACCCGUCGUACGACGUGCUACUCCUGACCACCAGCGUCGGCGGUCUCGGCCUGAACCUAACGGGCGCCGACACCGUCAUCUUUGUCGAGCACGACUGGAACCCGCAAAAGGACCUGCAGGCCAUGGACCGCGCCCACCGCAUCGGACAAAAGAAGGUCGUCAACGUGUACCGCCUCAUCACACGCGGCACGCUAGAAGAAAAAAUCCUCAGUCUGCAACGCUUCAAGAUCGACGUUGCCAGCACCGUCGUCAACCAGCAAAACGCCGGGCUUGCGACCAUGGACACGGACCAGAUUCUGGAUCUGUUCAACCUUGGCGACUCUGGAGGGCCUGGUCUGAUCGCGGAGAAGGGCGCCAACGGCGGCGGGGACGUGGAGCAGGGUCGGGAAGAGGACAUGGUGGAUGUUGAGACGGGUGAUGUGCGACAGCCUGGCAAGAAGGCGGCUUGGCUUGAGGGGCUUGGAGAGUUAUGGGAUAACACGCAGUAUGAGGAGAGCUUUGAUCUGGAUGGGUUCCUUAAGACCAUGCAGUGA